AUAACGCAAUAGCUGCUCUGUGCACGAAGCGUUUUCUCCUUUGCAUUACUCUCUUCACCAGGAGAUCGUUGCUCUGAACUGAACUUGCCUGCUCGCACAAGUGUGUCACAGCCUAUACGAUGAUCGACCGGAGUCCAUCAUCAUCCGAGAAGUCUCAGCUGGGUCUAGCCCCUGAAGAAGUACAAUCAGAAAAGUCCGAGCAGUACAGCGGAAACGAACCCCUGGAUGCGCUCGAAAGCCCAUCAGACCUGGAUCUCGCACCGGAAGCGAGCUCAGAAAAGCUCGAAAAUGCGGAAGAGAUCACGUAUCCAGAAGGCGGGCGCAUGGCGUGGACGGUAGCCUUUGGUUCGUGGUGCGCUAUGUUUGCGUCGUUCGGCCUGUGGAACUCUCUGGGUAUCUUUGAGUCGUACUUGUGUGAGAAUCAGCUGUCGGAGUACAGCUCGGGAACUGUGUCCUGGAUUUUUUCCGUGUACUCGUUUCUGUUUUAUUUCUGUGGGUUGCAGGUUGGACCCAUCUACGACAAGUAUGGACUACAAGUGCUAGUCUCUAUCGGCUUCGUUGGGCUGGUGGUAGCGCUCAUGAUGUUCAGUCUUUGCACCGAGUACUACCAGUUUUUCCUGAGUUUCGGAGUCUUGGGUGGAAUCUCAUGCUCCAUGAUUUUCACGCCUUCUAUCGCAGUGGUUUCUCAGUGGUUUCACGCCCGGCGUGGCGUUGCUACGGGUCUGGUUUGUACCGGCGGCAGUUUAGGCGGCAUUGUGUUUCCUAUGAUGACACGAUCGCUUUUGCCGCAAGUUGGAUACGGCUGGUCAAUUCGAAUCAUGGCGUUCAUUGUUUUGUUUAUGUCGGUUUGCUCGGUUCUAUGCAUGAAGACGCGGCUGGAGCGGAAGUCGGGGAAGAGUGCGAUGAUGGACCUUCGUAUGUUCAAAGACAGGCUGUUUGCUGCCACCGCACUUGGAAAUUUCAUGAUUGAGUGGGCGCUUCAGAUCCCGGCAACUUACUUUAUGAACUACGCAAUCUCCCAGGGUGUGACUGAAGAUUUCGGCUAUGGUCUCGUCGCGAUCAUGAACGCUGCCUCGGUAUUUGGCCGCUUUAUCCCAGGCUACUACGCCGACAAAUACGGCGCGUUCAAUCUGCUAGUAAUCACCGUCGCGCUCUGCGGACUCUUCAACCUGACAAUGUGGCUCCCGAUCGCCACGAUCGACAAACGCAACAUCGGCGGUCAAAUCGCGUACCUGAUCUGCUUCGGCUUCGCCUCCGGCACGGGAAUCUCGCUCGUGCCCGUCUGCUUUGCGCAAAUCUGCGACAUCAGAAACUACGGCAAGACCUACGGCACCGCCUACACGCUCGCCAGCAUCGCGACGCUGACCGGCACGCCGAUCGCGGGCGCGAUCUUGAAGUCGAUGGAUAAUCACUAUGCGGGACUUGUUGGCUUCUGCGGGGCUUGCUAUGUUGUCGCUACUGUGCUUUUGGUUUUUGCGCGCUGUUUUGGGAGUUCUUCUAAGCUUUGGGUGGUGUACUGAAAUGAUCUUUGUAAUAUGGGCAUGUGAAGUGGAUAUGGUAAUAGAUUAAUAUAGUAAUUUUGCAUCCGAUUCAUUCGUCUUUUUUUUUUCCUCUCUAUUAAAAGUGAUUGGAAGUGGAAGAUCGUAGUUUUCUGUAUUUAUCUAUACUUCGGCUAAAAUGCUGUGCGGCUU